CAGAAACGUGCGGAGCUGACAACUUCGUCGCGCGUACUCUUAUUUUGCGAAUGUUUUAUAGUUUGACAAGAAGAAAUGGCUGAUGAGGAUUUCAUGAAAAAACGAUUGGCAUCAUUUCUGAAUCGUGACAAAGUGAAGCUAUGGGAAGAACCUUUCACAAAUAAAGAUGGGUCUGCUGGAAAUAUACCACAGGAAUUAAUUACAAAAUUCAGCAAUGAAUUGAACACUUCCGAGGAUGCAAUUGCCAGUUUGGUUGAGGAACUUCGAACACAUGCACUGCAAAAGUUGGCUGAAAAAGAAAAGUUUAAACAGUCUGGGAAAGCAACGUUGAAAAUCAAAGUAUCCAGACAGCGUGUUAAGCAGACAUCGAAACAGCCUUUAUCCCUGGAAAUUAAGCUUCUUGAGCAAGGGAAGCAACUCCGAGACCAAGUUUCUGACUUGAUUCAUCAUCCUGGAGACCAAAUGAAACUUAUUUGCUCAGGACUUGUGCUCAAAGACGACCUGACAUUGCAACAGCAGAACGUCAGAAAUGGCAGCCUUAUCUUGGUACUAUGCCUGGCUGUGUCAGAGUUGGAGGCUCAACAAGAUGAGAAGUUAAGACACGAGCUUCAAGACUUCAGGCAUGCUGCAGAGUUGCUGUCUGCCAGAGCUGAACAAGAAUACGAUGAAAUGGAUAUACAGAUUGCAGAUCAGACUGGGAAACCUAUUCAGCUGCCAGCUGGGGAGAAAAAGGCGCUAACCCUAGCAAUAGCCUUGCACGAAAAGGGACGACAGGCGUUAAAGAAGAAAAAUGUCACCCUUGCCCUGCCACUUCUCCUAGAGGCUGACAAAGAGUUCAAACAAUGUAGAGCAGAUAUUCUCAACUCAGUGGACAACUAUGCCAUUCUGUGCCUGGACAUUGUAUGGUGCUACCUCUGCCUGAAACAUAUGGAGGAUUUGCCAGAUGCUGAUGCAAGACUGAGAAACAGUGAGAACUUCUUCCAGAAGAGCUAUGGGUCCAGCAUGGAAAGACUGAUGGCAGUUAAGGGCUCCACUGGUGAAGAGCUGGCUUUAUUUAUGAAGUUACACCUUCUACAAGGGAUAGUUGCCUACCAUCAAGACAGAAUGAGCGAGGCAGCCCAGCUAUUAGGCAGAGCCGAGUCGGAGCUACAAAGACUGACAAUCGAUGAAGACAAGCUUAAUGCAGUGAUGACGAUGGGGUUUUCUGAAGGUGAAGCAAGACUUGGACUCAGGGCGUGUGAUGGCAACAUACAGAACGCUGUGGCCCACAUCAUGAAGAGAAGAGAGGAGAAGGAAGAAAAUGAAAAGAAGAGGGAGGGUGAAAGAAAGAAAAACAGAUUGCAGAAACAUCUUGGAAAAACUGCUGAUGGAAAGGGGGUCAAGGUUGAAUCGUAUGAGAUGUUAAUUGGAAUGGGUUAUCCCAAAGGAGCUGCAGCAGAAGCAUUGAGGCAGGCUAACAAUGAUCUGAACCUUUCAUUGGAGGUACUACAGAACCACCCGGAGUAUCUCAGUCUUCCCGACCCAGUGCCUAAGAGGAAAGUUAGGAUAACAGAUGAAAUGAUUGCGCAGGUGACCUCUAUGGGGUUUGAACCAGAAAUGGCGAAGUGGGCCUUACAGAAGAAUGAAGGGAAUGUUGGCAAAGCCAUAGAGGAUUUGAUUGAGAGUGGAGGGUCUAUUCAAUCCCCGUUAGACGAUGAACAGCCGGGAACAUCAGGGUCCUCCGAUAACUGUCCCACUGAGGAAAACCAGUCUAAGGUGCAGCAACAGAAGGAAGAAAAGGAGGCAAUCAAUAGACUGGUUUCAGAUUUACCGGAAGAUGAAGAAGAUUACCUGGAUCUUACUCUGGACGAGGAACGAGAGUUUCUGCAACAGUACCAGUCUAUGUUGAAUUCCUUGCGGUCGUAGAGAAGGUUUUCAUUAUUAUUUUGUUCAAUGCCAUAACAUUCAAACGGCGUAGCCACUCAGGAAUGGUGUACAUAUUUAAUUCUGUCAAUGUUAAAAACCAGAUUAGUUCAAAUUUGAAAAAUAUAUAGAAGUAUUUUUUUUUAAGAAAAUCUUCAAUGCCAAAAUAAUGUCCAUCAAAUAAGUUCCUGAAUUAUAUUGCAAUGAAAGCAUAACACUGUAGUUCAAUUUCGCUUGAAGACUAUGCACACAAAGUUACAAUUGGUCAUAUACUUUUUUACAAUGAGAUCUUCUGUAAUGCCAUGUGGUUAAGGUGUUCAGGUGAUAAGGACCAGGUCUUAUCAAAGAAUUUUAAAAAGAAAUCCUUAGAAGAUCUCGAAAUAAUUGAACUGUAAUUAUAUGUCACUUUGUGAUAUAAUCAUUUAUGCCCGCAAAAAUUGAUUUCGAGCUAAACAUCUAGUGAAGUGUCACAUUUUUAGAAAGUUCUUCAACUUCAUAUUUUGUUUAUAGUUAUUGCAUUGACUGUGAUAAAUAAGUUUCCUGUUGUUUAAUUUGAGAGAAUAUUGUUCAUACAAUACAUUUUUAAUUGUAGUAGGUCAACAUAAUUAAUUAAGGGUCACCUAGACAAUAGUUGUUAUAUAAAUAAUAUCUGACAGAAGCCUCUUGGGAGGGUUGCUAGCAGUAUAUUGCGAAAAACAUUAGGUCAUUACACUUUAUGAGUGUUCCUAGGGGUUUAUGUCAUAUUUUUCAUGAAAGCUAAAUGUGUAUACAUUCACUUGUUUAAAUAAGUGACCCUUAAUUAAUUUUGUUGAGUUUAUAGUUCAAUGUCAAAAAAAGAGGCAUUUUUUUCAACAUUUAGUUAAUGGGGCCUUAAAUUUGACUUGGAAAAAUGUGUCAUUUCGAAGUAAAUUUACUUAGAAAUGAACAAGAGAACUUCAAUACAUAGACAGAAUAUAUGAAAGAAUGUGAUAGAGUUUUUUUCUUCCAGAAAAGACCAAUAUAUUAAUUUGUUUGUAUUAUUACACUAUUUCAGAGAGUUCAUUCCAUUUACCAUCAGUACAAUGUCUGUUUAUUUAUCAUUCAUUAUGUCUCCCCCUCUCUGGGGGAGACAUAUUGUUUUUGCCCUGUCCGUCAGUCCGGUAGUCUGUCAGUCCGUCAGUCCGUCCGUACGUCACACUUCGUUUCCGAUCGAUAACUGGAAAACCGCAUGACCUAGGAUCACCAAACUUGGUAGGGAGGUUGGUCGUGAGGUGUAGAGGAUCCCUAUUGUUUUUGGGGUCACUAGGUCAAAGGUCAAGGUCGCGGCGACCCCCAAUAUAAAAAACAUUUCUGCUCAAAAUCUUGAGAACGGUUUGAGGUUCACCAAACUUGGUAGGGAGGUUGGUCAUGAGGUGUAGAAGAUCCCUAUUGUUUUUGGGGUCACUAGGUCAAAGGUCAAGGUCGCGGCGACCCCCAAUGUAAAAAACAUUUCCGCUCAAUAUCUUGAGAAUGGUUUGACCUAGGUUCACCAAACUUGGUAGGGAGGUUGAUCAUGAGGUUUAGAAAACUCCUAUAUUUUGGGGGGUCACAAGGUCAAAGGUCAACGUCGCUGUGACCUCUAAUGUAAAAAAAUAUUUCCGUGCAAUAUCAGGAGAAUGCUUUGAUCUAGGUUCACCAAACUUUGAAGUGAGGUUGGUCAUGAUGUCUAGUUCCUAUUGAUUUUGAUUGAAAUCAGUAGGUCAAAGGUCAAGGUCACUGUGACCUUGAGGUGAAGAAACAGUUUCUGCUCAGUAACUAAAGAACGCUUGCACCCAGGAACUUCAUACUUGGUAUGCUAGUGGGUCAUGACUAGAAGAUGACCCCUAUUGAUUUUGGGGUCACUAGGUUAAAGAUCAAGGUCACCCUGAUCUUGAGGUGAAGAAACUGUUUCCGCUCAAUAACUAAAGAUCCUUGGGUCUAGGAACUUCAUACUUGGUAUGCUAGUUGGUCAUGACUAGUAGAUGACUCCAAUAGAUUUUGAGAUCAUUAGGUCAAAGGUCAAGGUCACCCUGACCUUGAGGUGAAGAAACGGUUUCGGCUCUAUAACUAAAUAACGCUUGCACCCAGGAACUUCAUACUUGGUAUGCUAGUUGGUCAUGACUAGUAGAUGACUCCAAUUGAUUUUGAGAUCAGUAGGUCAAAGGUCAAGGUCACCCUGACCUUGAGGUGAAGGAAUGGUUUCCGCUCUAUAACUAAAUAACGCUUGCACCCAGGAACUUCAUACUUGGUAUGCUAGUUGGUCAUGACUAGUAGAUGACUCCUAUUGAUUUUGAGAUCAGUAGGUCAAAGGUCAAGGUCACCAUGACCUUGAGGUGAAGAAACGGUUUCUGCUCAAUAACUCAAGAAUGCUUACACCCAGGAACUUCAUACUUGGUAUGCUAGUUGGUCAUGACUAGUAGAUAACUCUUAUUGAUUUUGCGAUCAGUUGGUCAAAGGUCAAGGUCACUGACCUUGAGGUGAAGAAACGGUUUCUGCUCAAUAGCUCAAGAACGCUUACACCCAGGAACUUCAUACUUGGUAUGUCAGUUAGUCAUGACUAAUUGAUGGCCCAAAUUUCAUGUCCAUCAUUGAUUAUUUCUCACCUACGACCACACAAUGGGGGAGACAUGCGCUUUUUCAAAAAAGCAAUCUCUAGUUUUCUUUUAAUAUAUAUAUAUUGAUUUAUUCUACUCCCAUACUGCUUUCAUGGGACUUUUCUUUAUAAUAAUCAGAUUUUUUUGCUUAUAUUUAAAAGGUGAAUUUUCUUAAGUUUAUUGGGUUAGCAAUUUGGUAUUAUUUUUUUACAACAUGGUAAUAUGAGCUUUGCAACAUGGAAUAUCGGGUUCGCAACAUGGAAACAUGUGGUUCACAAUUUGUAAACAUGGUUUUCGUAACAUGAAGAUAUUAUGUUGGCAACAUGGAAACAUGUGGUUCACAAUUUGUAAACAUGGUUUUCGUAACAUGAAGAUAUUAUGUUGGCAACAUGGAAACAUGUGGUUCACAAUUUGUAAACAUGGUUUUCGUAACUUGAAGAUAUUAUGUUGGCAACAUGGGAACAUGUGGUUCACAAUUUGUAAACAUGGUUUUCGUAACUUGAAGAUAUUAUGUUCGCAACAUGGAAACAUGUGGUUCACAAUUUGUAAACAUGGUUUUCGUAACUUGAAGAUAUUAUGUUCGCAACAUGGAAUUAGGGGUUCACCUACUAGGACAUGGGGUUUGCAACAUGGAAACAUUUUAUAGUGAGGAAAUCAUUUCCCUGGCUUGAAAAGGAAUUGAAAAAUUUAAUUGGUAAAUAUCAACCUUUAGCAGCCGUUCACUGACUCUUUCUUUGGUUUCAUUAAGUCUCAUUAUCCCGUUUUUUUUGUGGAUUUGUUAUGGCAGAUCACCUACCAAAUUUUCAAAGAUUGAAGUGAGAAUUGGAAACAUUGGCGUUUAGCAUUGGGGUAACUGUGCAAUUCAUCUGUUGAACAGAUGUCCAUUUUUUUCAAAAACUUGACAUUAAAGAAUGAUUAAUACAAGGACAUGUAGUGCAAUAACUGGCAAGGCUGUCCAUACACCAUUGCAUGGUUUAUUAAGUAUACUUGAAUAGCCGAAUGACAUAGAGUAAUAAUAUGACAGUGGGUAUUUAUUUAUUCAUGAUAUUUAAUUAACUUCUGUAGUAUUUUGUGCAACCACUUUAAUGCCAGGAUUUUCCAAGUGUGCCAAGACUUAUGCUGUUGGUGCAGACAUUUGGAAUCGGGUCGUUGUUUUCCUACCUUUUUUUCUAUUUCCUUCUUUGACUUCAUUGACAAGGUCUUCUUUAAACUUGAGCUAGUUUGAAAAUAAUUAUGGUCUCUGUUGAUUCUUUUGGCUUUCUUGGCGAAAAAUAAUAGCGGUAGAGUCUUAACCUAGCUUGAUUGUCCUCAACAACGUAAUAGUAAGAAAACUUGGUUAUGACUUAAAAAUAUCCUUUUAAGAUUAUGAAAUCAAACUUGUUAAGUAUUUUGACAAAGACAAUUAAUACAUCUAUAGAAAGGCCCAUAACUCUGACUUUAAUGAGUAUGGAGUUAUCCCCUUGUUCGACUGUUGGUGUGUUCGCUCUGAUGCACUCUUGUUGCAUCCUGGGUUUGAUUCAUGUUACCUUCUUGUUGAAAGAAAUGUCAUUUUGAUUUCAGUCAGAAGAUCUUCAUCUUGGUUGAAUUUUUUAAUCAAAAUGACCACACAUACAGUCUAAUUGUGUGUUUCUUUAUUGGUAUCAGUUAAAACUGAACAGUGCAACUAAAUGGCUUUUGGAGAGUAUAAACAUGAACAAACCAGGGGACAUAAAACUGCUCAAAUUUUACGGGUCCUUGUUUUGAAGAUUCAAGUUAAAAUUAAACAUGAAAAAAUCAUUAAAAUUUGAAAAAUAAAAUACUUUUUACUAAAAAACUAUUUUUCUUCGACUUGUAGGAUUGUGUAUCAUAUCAUAACAAAAGUUGAAUACUGUAUGUAUACAAGUGUCUAUAAAAUACAGCAUUAAUUAGAAAUUGUGAAAUAAAGUCACAAGGAGUGGCCGCCAGCCAAAUACAUAAUAAGGGCUAGUCUUUUUCCGCAUGUAGGCUUAUUGAUAAAUAUUAAAUAAUGAAGGUGGCAUGUUUCCAUAUAUUAAAAUCAGAGAUCCCAAAAGUUAUAGUCCAUGUUCACCUGAUCUUAUGAAAGUUAAAAUCAGAGAUCCCAAAAAUUAUAGUCCAUGUUCACCUGAUCUAAUGAAAGUUAAAAUCAGAGAUCCCAAAUAUGAUAGUCCAUGUUCACCUGAUCUAAUGAUUGUUAAUAUCAGAGAUACAAAAACGAUAGUCCAUGUUCACCUGAUCUAAUGAUAGUUAAAAUCAGAGAUCCCAAAAACGAUAGUCCAUGUUCAUCUGAUCUAAUGAUAGUUAAAAUCAGAGAUCCCAAAAAAUAUAGUCCAUGUUCACCUGAUCUAAUGAUAGUUAGAAUCAGAGAUCCCAAAAAUUUUAGUCCAUGUUCACCUGAUCUUAUGAUAGUUAUAAUCAGAGAUCCCAAAAAUUAUAGUCCAUGUUCACCUGAUCUAAUGAUAGUUAGAAUCAGAGAUCCCAAAAAUUAUAGUCCAUGUUCACCUGAUCUAAUGAUAGUUAGAAUCAGAGAUCCCAAAAAUUAUAGUCCAUGUUCACCUGAUCUUAUGAUAGCUCAGUUAAAUAUCCACUUUGCUUCCUCUCAUUUAAGAAUUGGAUUGAGGUAUCAAAUAUAUGUCCUUUUCACCUCUUUUAUUUCUGUUUUCUUUAUCAGAAAUGCUUUGUAAGGGGAGUUUGAAUUGAUAUAGAAUUUUGUCAUGCUCUCAGUAGCAUUAUUUUUGUAAUAAUGAUAGAUGGAUUUUUCAUGUUACCUUCUUUUAAUAAAUUUGACACAGUAAAAAGAACAUAAAUAAACUACAUAAUACUUAUUCUUUUGAAACAGACUACUGAAUAACAUUACUGAUUUCUGUUUCAGUUUAAAACGAACUUGAAAUACUCGGUGAUGAAUUAUUGGAAUCAAAAUGUUCAUAAUUGUCAUUAUUAAUAAAAUAUGGUACUUAACACAUAAAAAGACUACUUUUAAUAUGGAAACAUAUUCACUCUAUAUCCACUAAAUACAUUUGGCAGGAACUGUUUGUGCUGUAUUUGAAAGCGCAGUUCCUUCUAAUUACAUGAAGAUCAAUCGUCUUUGAUUUUUUCUUCGAUAUUGCAAGAAUUUAGAGAGAAUCUGUUAGACACUUCAAAGUAUGAAUAGGAAGUGAAAAAUGUCCUUGUCCGUUUCCCCCGGCGCUAUCUGUAUAUAACUCUGCGUUGUCGUUUGUUAGCCAGAAUUGGUCAUGGAAUACUGGAACGCCGUUGAAUUUUUUUAAAGAAAUUUAGCCAUAAUUUUAAGUCUAGCUUAACGGACCUUUUUAAACGGAUGUGAUGGAAAGGCUUUGUUAGACCGCAUGUUGAGUUAAUCAGUCUCCUGCAGAAGGGGCGCCCUAACGGUAUCGCGCGGCAACAAAAAUUGAGGGACCGAUCAGUGAUUGCCUUUUUUCAGAGUAGUUGAUUGUUUGGCCUUGAUAUUUUGGAUAAACCCCACUAUUUUUUCGAUCUUUUCCGUAGGUACGCGUACUACCAUUUGUACAACCAUAAUGUUGUCAUUUAAUGAGGUGGGUUGGCGCCCUGACGCGAGUCAUUGAACUGUUGCGAUGUAGGAAAUGACUGGACGCGCUGUGGUACACGGUUGGAUAGUGUGCAUACCAACGCUGAGUGACCUUGGCCGCAGGAAGAGCAAAUGUGCCGAAACCUACAGUUAGGCCACGUGCUAUUUCCCAUAUUGAAAAAAUGGCAUACUCUCGCCAUUCUACUUGACAAGGUUCCCCUUGGGCCGGGGGCAGGUGUUGCCGCGGCCGGCAUUAACAUACAUCGCCACCAUAAGUCCGUGUUAAUAUGUGCCCAUGAUGAGGGUUCGAACGCCUGCAGUAGCCUAAACUAUUCAUCGUAGCUGCGCCACGCCAGCCUGCCAUGGCGUCCCGCACAUUCCCUAAUUGUUCACAUGUAUUGCAAUAGCUCGGACGCUUUAGAUGGAUUGGCCUGAAUGUAUAUGGACAUGUAUAUAAUAAAAGGAUCGGUCCAUUUCUCAACCGUACCGAUUCUGUCCCUACAUUCCAUCGGCCUAGAGAGCAACUGGCCUUCCGCCGUCAACUGUAAAGUUGCUCCCAAACAGAAAUCAGUAAGCUCGAGUGAACCUUUCAGUAGCAAAGCAAAGUUUACGAAUUCUCCCCUCCUGAUCUGACUUCUAAUCAGGUCGGGGACGUGGGCUGCUACGUCGUCAGGGGCUAACUUAAUUGGACUAGACCCCCCGGCGCGCUAGGCAGAACGGGGCAGGCAGGGUAGGGACGGUGGAGGACGCUGCUACAAGUUCGGGGGAGUUCCCCGCUACCACACCACACCCAGUGUUUAAAGAUUGAUUUGUGUCCAACACAUUUGAUCUUUGAAGAAUCUCUUCAAAGUCAACAACAUUUUUUGUUACCUUUGGACACGUCGUCAAGCGGGCUGCUCAGCUCUUCCUCUGGCUCCGUUUCCGUUUGUCUUGUUUUCCUUCUCUUAACUCCUCUCCCCCGUUCUGGCAUUUUCUCAAACUUAAUUUUAACUUAAAAAUAAAAAAAUAAUUUUCCGGUAUUUUUCCCACGUGUUGCUCCUUCAAAGGCUAGAGAGAAAAGAACGUGCUGGGUUAGUCACGUGGUCAAGUAAUCGGAUGACCGGAGCGUUCCGCAUAUUGAUUUCCGGGCAACCACGUGUGUUUACCCGUAUCUACGGAGUAUUUCCGAGAAAUCGUAGAUAACUACAGAAAACAAUUUAUUCUGUCUUAAUAAAUGAAAUUACUUCCAUAUGUAAAUAUUUUUUAUUACCGUAUUCAAAUUCAAUGACUGAUAUCGUGACAAACGAACAAAAUAAAUGUCAAAAACGAAGUUGGAGGUAAAUGAAACGCGGUCAAGUUUCCAUAGAUUUCAUCUCCUCUUGUUCGGCUUUCGAAAGUCCAUGUUCAUCUGAUCUAAUGAUAGUUAAAAUCAGAGAUCCCCAAAACGAUAUACCAUGUUCAUCUUAUAUAAUGAAAAUUAAAAUCAGAGAUCCACAAAAUUGUAGUCUAUGUUUACCAGACCUAAUAAUAGUGAAAAUUAGAGCAAGAAAAUGAUAGUCCUUGUUUACCUGGUCUUAUGAUAGCUCGGUUAAAUAUCCACUUUGCUUCCUCUAAUUUUAAGACUUGGAUUUAGGAAUAAAUUGAUACAGAAUUUUGUCAUACUCUGGCUUACAUCUAUAUUGGUCCUUUUAACAGCUUUUUUACAAUGGUCACUGGCUCAUAGUUGACCACAGUAAGCUUUGUUAUCCCCCGCCGAAUCGAAGGUUUCGGGAGGGGGAUAUUGUUUUGGCGUUGUCCGUUCGUCCGUCAUUCCGUGCGUCCGUCCGUCCGGAACCAUAUCUUGGUAGGCAUUGAUCAGAAAAUGUUGAAACUUGUAAAAGUGGGUCACAUGGGGUCAAAAACUAGGUCACUAGGUAAAAUCUUAGAAAAAUCCUUGGAACAAACUAGAGGCACUUAACUGAAACUUAAUCAAAAUGUUUUCCUUGAUGAACUCUUGGACGUAUAUAAAACUGGGUCACAUAUGAUCGAAAAUUAGGUCACUAUGUCAAAUCUUAGAAAAAUAUUGUCAGGAACCAUAUCAUGGUAAUGAUUGGUCAGAUUAUGUUUAAACUUGGUCAGGAUGUACCCCUUGAUGAAAUAUGGGCCGCUUGUAAAAGUGGGUCACAUGGGUCAAAAACUAGGUCACUAGCUCAAAUCUUAGAAAAAUCUUUGGGACACAUUAGAGGCAUUAUGUAUGGUCUAAUAUUCAUGAAAAAUGAUCAGAAUGUUUUCCUUUAUGAACUGUUUGACAUGUUUAAAACUGGGUCACAUGUGAUAAAAAAUAGAAAACUGGGUCACAUGUGAUAAAAAAUUAGGUUACUAGGUCAUAUCUUACAUCUCUUGUCCGAAACCAUUUUAUUAUGUUUUCAGGGCCUGAAAAAGCUUCACUCUCUGCUACUUUAAGAACCCUUAGAAUUUCCGCACUGACUGCACUUGUUGUUUGACAGACAAGGAAUGAAGUUGUAUCAUAUUCUGUUAGGUUUCACCAGCAUCUCCACCAAGUUAAGUUGCUUAUAAUGUGCUUGGCUCGUUGUCACAGAUUUCAUUUUAAAUUUUUUCUUUGCCUUCAGGGAUUUCAAUGUUUUGGUUAAAAAACUUUAAAAUUAUAAUUGUUGCCUUUUUUCUAUCAAUACAAAAACUUUUUGUAUUUAGUGUGAUGGGGAUAUUUUGUACAGGUUUCCUCUCUUUUACAAACUUGUGCUGACAACCCUGUUCCUUGUGUUUUUGUCCAUCAGUAUGUUUCAGGAGUUGUUUCAUGCCAGCAUUUGCAUAUGAUAUUGUCUUUCCACACACGAAAUGAAAUGCAGCAGAAAUAUCUCUUCUGCACCAUGAUGAUAGUUUAUUACCACUUGAGUCAACUUCUUUCAACCAGGAUUUAUUAAACUUUGUUUUUCCACCAGGCAUUGUAAAUCGUACUAGUCCAUCAUAAUAUUAUCCCUGUUAAAAAGCUAAAGAUAAGUACCAUCACCAUAUUAAUGCAUCUGAUUUUGUAAAUAUUUCAUGUUUUACAAGCUUUGAUACUAAACUAUUCGGACAAAAAGAAAUAAACAACAUAUCAACACUGUGUGUUAUUUUACACAUAAAAAGACUACUUUUAAUAUGGAAACAUAUUCACUCUAUAUCCACUAAAUACAUUUGGCAGGAACUGUUUGUGCUAUAUUUGAAAGUGCAGUUCCUUCUAAUUACAUGAAGAUCAAUCGUCUUUACACUGAUUUGGUCUUGGAUAUUGCAAGAAUUUAGAGAGAAUCUGUUAGACACUUCAAAGUAUGAAUGACCCUGCAUAGUGUCAAAUACACCAAGCUGAUUUUGUUAGGCUCGCUGUUGGAUAUAUAUAGCCUGUUUUAGUCUCGUAAGCCAUCACAGGAAUGUGAUUUGUCCGCGGAUUCGCGGAAUUCCGCGGAACUUAUGGCCCCAGAGACCCCCCCCCCCAAAAAAAAUAAAAAAAAAUAAUAAAAUGUUUACCUGAAAAAAAAUAUUUGGUUGCUUUCAGUUGUUUAAGUUAAUAUUCCAGUUUGCUUCAAAUUUAAAGUCAGGAGAGCCCUCAAAAGAGCUUCUAAAAAGCCAUUUUUUCUUCUACAGCAGUGCGCUUUUGACCUAAAGAGCGCCCAUAAACCCAUGGCCGAAAAUGUUUCAGCCCUCCGGCUGCCAGGUCUUUCACAUCCCUGCAUCAUGAGCCUGAAAAUAUAUCGGAGGAUUUUUUAUUUUAAUACAUGUAUACAUACAAUGAACUGCAUACAACAUUUAAGGAGAAACUCUAUGUGUUAUUUCUCAGUUACCAGAUAUGAUCAUGAUAAAGUUUACAUGUAUACAGAAUUUUUUUUUUUAUCACAUCACCUUUUUCCUUUCCAACAUUUACGUCAGAAAGAUCCGCAUUUUGGUUUUAAUAGAACAAAAUAUAUACAAUUUGACAUAACUGUACGAAAGAAAAAUCGUGUCAAGCAUUAAUUAAGUUAAAACAUAAAUGAUAUAUGUAUUGUACAAACAAGGCAAUUCAUUCUAAAGAAAAUAAAUAACAUGACAUAUGAACAAAAAUAUGAUUGGUUUUAGUGAACAAUAUUGCCAUGCUUAAACAAAUUGAAAUAAUAAGUUGAAGUCUCUCUGUGUAUGGAGAAAUUCGGCAGGAGUUGAGCAAUGGACAAAGUUAAUUUAGUCGCCGACACCGAAUGACAGCUCCCCAGAAUGCUGUGGAUCAAAAUAUUGAGUCCUCUGGCAUUAAGAAGUUACCGUCCAGGUAGAUAGCCUUGGAGGGUUCCGAAAGACGUGGCACUUUCCAAGACCAGUAAUGAAUACGGUCCCGUGGUCCACAUUCUGUUUUCAGGGCUCGAUGGAAUAAACCCACCGCCUCGUUUAAUCCCACAACACUUAUGUUCCUUGUGUCUCAUUGAGGAAGUAGCUGAGGAAUAAAAAUUCCUUGUAGAUGGAAGCGGGUUGCCAAUAGGGAUAUCAAGGCAAACAUGCACAACACAAUUGGGGAUCCACUAUUCCAUUCGCACUGACCAUGCCGUUUCCUCCAAUCAUCAUGAUAAUAAACAUCGGCGAAUAUAGAGAUAAUUUCCGUUGAAAGGAACAGAUAACAUGGCAGUCUGUGAAUCGUCCACUACUGAGUCUAAACAGUCCAAUGGCUGACCAUGAGUCAAACGAAAAGCGUCUUCCACCGAACUGGCAUCCUCGAGGAGGAAAUGAUAAAGUCUAUUUAGGUCGGAAUCGCCAAAAUAAAUUUAUCCAAUUUCUUUGUUUACAUCCGAAAUAUUUGUUACGUAAACACACAAAGAACUGACAAAAAACAUGUUCGUAGCAGGACGACACUGCCAAAAUGCUUAUAUCCGUAAAAGAUUAACAAUUAAUCAAAUGAAAUCGAUCAAAAAAUGAACACUGAAGGCCUUCAAUUAACUUAAAAAUUAAAAGCUUAUGCAAAAACUGCGUAAAUCGGGUUAGCAUAAAUUAUCCGUGAAGUUAUUGCGUUGUGAUAUCAGCGAGAUGAGACCGAUAAUACUAUCAAAAUUGUAAACUCGGUGCUAAUAAUUUACUGCGUAAUGAGUUAUAUUCCUUGAAAGUAUCAUAAAUAAAUUUAUUUCUCAGGCAAUAAAUUAGAUUUUAUUUAUUUAUGUCGUCAAACAAAUUUUAUGUCAACUUGUAUGAAAAGAGCCAAACAUAGAACAGCAGGAGCAUAAGUGCAUACUCUCGUAUAUAUUUUCCUGGAAAGUUUACUUUUAGCUCAUACACAUUUGGAUACAUGCACGUCACAGGAUUGAACACUUCAUAUGCCAUAUUGUAACUUAGCAAAAUGACCACACGUUUGCAUAUAACUGUAUACCUCCCAUUUUAGAAUGGGGCAUAAAAUCAAGAAAGAAACUUUGAGGUAACACUAUAUAUGUUAUUUUCUAGAGUCCCCCCCCCCCCCAUUUGAAAUCCACUUCAGCCAGUGUUUUUGAUGUUUACAAAGUUUAACGUAUUUUUGCGGCUUAACAGUAACCAUUUUGAAAAUGUGCAUUGGUUUAUUUUAUUGUAAAUUGUCUGAAGACAUUUUACAUGACAUUCAUUUGUUUCCAGUAUGUUUUCCAAAGAGCAUUUUUGUAAAUAUUUGUUGGUUCACUUAAAAGACAAUAUUCCUUUUUUUCUUUUUUUUUAUUCACUGACACUGGCCUGCAACCAUUUAAGGAUGUUUUCAGUGUACGUUUUAAGCUUCCAGUCUUUUUUGAGAACCUUUUUAUAUCAGCACUUCUUGUAGUUGAAGACUUAGCAGUCUGUCUUCAAGUUGCGCAUCCACAAAUGAUAGGAGUGCUGGUUUAAAAGUCGGUUUGUUGCUUUUGCCACAAAACAAAAUCUUCAUUUGAAGCUUCAGGGACUGAUUUUGUUUGCAAUGGGCUGCAAUUAUCUUACCAUUUUUUUUGUCGAUUAUCCAUAGCCGUAAGGGGUUCUACCGCAUCCUCUGUGAUUGCAACAUUAACACGAUCGGUGUCGCAUAUGCAAUGAAAAGCAUUGGGUAUAUAUUUUCCUCUCUGUGUGUAGCCGAAAGCAUCUGACCAUGAGCAUGUAAAACUCUUAAUUACUUUCUGUACAUUAUAAAUUUAUAUCCAUUAUCAGUUUACUGAUUAAAAAUGAAAGAGACCAUAAACAGCUACGGUAAACACAACUUAUCAGAGCAUUUAUACAACAUGGUUAUAGACAUAUGCAGAAUGCCUUCUAUAAAACUAAAACAAUGAGGUAUAUUAUCAUUGGAAUCAAUAUUUUAAACUCAAUCCUAACUGUCACUACCAGAUGAUUCCCCUGUACGAUUCCAGCAAUGUCUUUGACCCAUCCACAAAUAAACUGGAUGUAAGCUUCCAAAGACUUGUAUUAUUUUAAAUCAUCUGCACUGUAUGCACUUAGAGUGAACAAAAAGUAAUUCACGAGGUCUGAGUAUGUUACUGACGGAAAAAUGGCAACAUUCUGGGCAAAAGUUUCCCUAAUACUGGUCUAAAACCACCAGUGAUCAUUAAUUAUACUUCCUAUCGCUUUCUUUUCUCAUUUGUAAGUCCAUCUUUAUGAGAUAAUGAUCAAGUUUGUUUUGAAACACGUUUCGCUAUAUCUUUUAGCGUAAAAACACAGAAAAAAAGGAUUUUACUGGACUAACGCUAGUCGACUAGUCAGUCAACAUUUGGUGAUGGUGUUGAUAUCCCUGUCUGAGACAUAUAUGACAGGAGUCUUGCUCUCUUUAGAACAACCUCUUCUGUAAGAUAAUACUUGUUUUAUUGUAAAUGAACUGUAUCUGGUUUAAUGUUCCGAACGUGUUUGUGUGUGUUUUGCUAUCAUCGCUGAUUAUGAUAGGGUCAUCGGCAUCAGGAAUGAUAUAAUGAUUGAGCCUACAGAGACCAACACUAUUUGUUAAAGCUGCACUCUCACAGAUUUACUGGUUUUACAACUUUUUUUUAUUUUUUGUGUUGGAAUGAGCAAAUUAUUGCGUAAUUGUCUGCAAACGAGUGAUGAGACUGCUGACAAAAUAUCAGAACGUAGAUGUUCAUAUUUCCAUUCGAAAAUUAAUGUUUUAUGGCUUAAACCGUUACUAACGGUUAAGAAAAGUGAAUAAAAUAUCAAUUUUUGAACUUAAAUAUAAAAAGACAGCAACAAUGUUUUCACAUUUAUCCAGUGUAAAUAAAGAUAUCGGUGUAUAGAAGUUUAAUAGAUGUUUUAAUAAACAGCAAACUUAAUAACCAAUAUUUGGCAAUAUUCGCGACAGUAUAUGAUUUUAUCCAGACUAACAAGCUGGUCAAUUAGGUAUUCUAGAAGAAAAUAACCGUCAUAUCCUUCCAUGGUGUAUGCCACUGAUUUGAGGAACGGUUGCUUAUCGGAAAACAACAAUUCUCAUAACUUUUCAGGUGUAGCUUUUCGUUCAAAUUUAAAUUCCAAGAAGUCUUAUUUACAAGGGCACGGGCCAAGACCUUUUUUCACCAUCAACCAAACUCGUCUUAUCGCACUUUCCACACGUUGACCCGCACGACCUUAACACACGCAUUCAGAGGUUAACUCCUUAUAUACGCACUUGGAACAUACACUAUGCGCCAGUAGAAAAUUGGGUACACUACAAUCCCCAAACCUUUGUUGUCAAUCGGCUUGUGACAUUCAAUAUCCUUUAUCCAGAUAAUUCAUGUGGUUGAAAUUGAUGUUAGUAUCAAGAUUGCCGACCAUGAAAUUAUAUUAAAAUAUGUGUAUGUUACAUACAUGUGUGGCAUGUUUUUUUUUAAAACGCCGGGCAAUAAUCAAUGUAACAACAUUUAAAUACUCCCAUGAAAAAAUAUAUAAUGCAAAACAAAAUGACUAUAAUUUAAUUACAGACUGAAUGUACAAUUAUAUGAUACCUAUGUUCUAUUAUGUUUCCAUGUUGCGACCUCCAUGUUUAUAUCAAGAAUAAGGAUGUUAGAUUGGUUAUUUAACAAUUUUUUUUUUUUUUUUUUUUUUUUUUUUUUGUUAUGUUUAUUUGUAUGAAAGUCACUUUAAUAUGUUGUUAGUAUGUUUUUACUUUUCUUUACUGUUAUUGUUACUCAAUCUUUUAUUGAUGGAGUUGAAAUAAAAUGUAAAGUAUG